AUGUUCAACGGGGAUGCCAGCUCCUCGGCGGCCAGGAAUGUCGUCCGCAGCUCCAGCAUCAGCGGCGAGAUGUACAACAUCGAGAAGAGCGCGCGGGGCAGCGCUGACUCCGUCACCGUCACCGCCAGCAAGAAGAGGCGCUCCAGCCUGGGUGCCAAGAUGGUGGCCAUUGUGGGAUUGUCCCAGUGGAGCAAGAGCACGCUGCAGCUCAACCAGACCGAGGGUGGUCCCAAAAAGCUGCGCAGCAACAUCCGGAGGAGCACGGAGACCGGCAUCGCGGUGGAGAUGAGGACCAGGGUCACCCGGCAAGGCAGCCGGGAGUCCACCGAUGGCAGCACCAACAGCAACAGCUCUGAUGGCACGUUCAUCUUCCCCACGACCCGGCUGGGCGCCGAGAGCCAGUUCAGCGAUUUCCUCGACGGGCUGGGGCCAGGCCAGCUGGUGGGGCGGCAGACGCUGGCCACCCCGCCUAUGGGCGAUGUCCACGUUGGCAUGGCUGACCGGAACGGGCAGCUGGAGGUGGAGGUGAUCCAGGCGAGGGGACUUAUCCCGAAGAUGGGCUCCAAGUCCAUCCCUGCCACCUACGUGAAAGUUUACGUGUUGGAGAACGGCGUCUGCCUCGCCAAGAAGAAGACCAAGGUGGUGAAGAAAACCUGUGACCCAUCAUACCAGCAGCCUCUGCUCUUCGAGGAGAGCCCCCAGGGCAAAGUCCUGCAGGUGAUGUACUCCCCCCGAGAUACUUGGGGACAGGGAGGGAUUAGGGGAGCAAGGACACGGCAUAGAAACCCACGGGGCAGCUCCCCUGACACCUCCUCUGCCCCACAGGUGAUCGUCUGGGGAGAUUACGGGCGCAUGGACCACAAGUGCUUCAUGGGGAUGGCCCAGAUCAUCUUGGAGGAGCUCGAUCUCUCCAGCGCGGUCGCGGGUUGGUACAAACUCUUCCCCACCUCCUCGCUGGCCGAUUCCAGCAUCGGACCUCUGACGCGCCGUCUCUCCCAGUCCUCCCUGGAGAGUUCCACCAGCCCCUCUUGCCCGUAG